AUGUUCAGAUCCGCCCCAACCGCGACCGUCGCAGCAGCAGGAGGGCCACUGAGCCGCCGCGCUGCGUACUAUAACCCAUGCGCAACAGUCCUUCCCACACAGGUUCAUUUCACGCGAUUCCUCCGAACCCGAAGCGCGCUAAAUUCUCCUAGAAACUUGCCCUCCUUUCACCGCCUAGCCGUUUUCGCCGCUAGCGGUACAAGCCAAGCCUCGGGCGGAUCUGAGCCGUCAGUAUCGGCUCAGAUCCGUGGGAUCGGGGAAGUGGAGUUCGGCGGGAAGCUUGGCGGAAAGUUCCUACAGGAUGACGUGGGGCCGAACCAGGUGGUUCUCGAGGCGCAGGCGCGCGUGUGCACUGGACCCACGCAGACCCGGCCGCUGGGAGAAGAGGAGAUGCGGCGCGUGUUGGAGCAGAUCUUGCUUUCAGGUGUGCCCUCAAGUGUUCUGUCAGGUGCGCCUUCAGGUGUUCUGUCAGGUGCGCCUUCAGGUGUUCUGUCAGCCAAAGAGGAACUGCCUCCCUCUGAGCGAGUGUCACGGGCGCAGAUGGGCGCCUUUUUCGCGGGCAUGACAGUGCGAGCCAACUGCUUCCCACCUCCCACGCAGUGGAGCGAGGGGGAGAGGAGGGCGCUGGUUGACAUGUGGCCCGCCCUCAAAUACCACCUCCCCCGGGACGUGCUCUUCCUUGCCGACCCUCAGGGUUCCAUUUUCAACGAUGCUCUCCCUGUGGGCCCCACGUUCAACGGGCAUGGGUCGGAGCAGGAGGCGCAGGUGGUCGGAGAUCUCAGGGAUAUUCUGUUCGGCGUGCACCUUGGCUUUCAGGAAACCAUGUCGCUGCUGCAGAACCUGCUGCCCAUGAGGGGCGGAAGUGCGGAGGAGGGAGUGGGGGGGGUGAGCGAUGCUCUGGUGGCGGCAUAUCUGAUCGCCGUGCGCAUGAACCGAGAGACUGACCGCGAGCUCAAGGCGUUUUGCUUGGCGUUCGACCAGGAGAUGGGUCCAGCCCCCAUUGCAAGAGUGCCUUCACUCACCCACUACGGAGAUCCCUAUGACGGCAGCACACGCUACUUCCGCCCGACGCUCUUCGUGGCAGCAGUCAGGGCGAGCUGUGGAGAGGCGUGUCUGCUGCAUGGGGUGGACGAGUUUCCCCCCAAGCUUGGAGCCACGGAGGAGGCAAUGCUGAGCCUGCUAGGAGCCAACACCGGCCUCUCCCCGUCUCAAGCUGCUACCAUCUUGCAGGACCCUCAAAUCCACAUGGCAUAUCUCAGCCUCAAGGACUGCUCUCCCUCAUGCUACUCGUUGGUGGAUAUGCGUAGGCACAUCAAGAAACGUCCAACGUUUGCCACCACAGAGAAAGUGCAGCGUUACAUACAUGCAUCAGGGCGAGAGGCCAUGGUAGCCGGAUUUUACCAUGAGGGUUACGAGGAACCUCUGUUGAUGCUCAUGCGCAGGCAGCCUGUGGAAGCAGGGCUCGUGGUGAAGGGCGAGGAGGGCUCUCUAGCUCUCAUGACCCGCCGCCCCGCCCCGGAUGCUGCCAAAAAAGGCCGCCCGGUGAACUACUGCGCGGGGUUCCGGCCGGGGAACAGUAGGAGUGGAUGGGCGGGGAGAGGAGAGGGGAGGGGAGAAGGGAAAGGUGCCGGGAGUGGGCCGGAGGGAGGGGAGGAGAGUGAGAGUGGAGGCGAAGAGGACGGGUUUUACCGUGAGACGUUUUCGAUGGAGGCAGAUGCAGUGGCAGCUGGGAUGGAAGAGACUCUCACACCAAGGAUUGACCGAUCGGCACAGAAGAAUCUCGAUUUGGGACUGGAAGCACUGAGAGGAGUGAAAGGACCGGCAUAUGACAGGAUAGUGUUCAAUGCAGCGGUGCAGGAUCACCUGCUGGGGUGGGGGGCGAGGGCGAUUGGGCUGGAAGCAGCGGUGGAGAGGGCGAGAGAGGCAGUGGACAGUGGGCGGGCGAUGAGGCACCUCAUGGGGUAUGUGGAGCGCAGCCAGCAGAUGCGGUGA